CUAGCGGAACCCCUUGCGCCUCGGCCGAAGGAACCCGAAGAACUUCGGCAAGUUCCGCCUCCAGGGCGAGGGCGGGGCCGCUCGAGCUCCUCCGAGCCGAACUCGGCUGUUUCCGUGCGCAGCCGUUGCGCACUCGGCACUGGGCGGCGCUGGCUGGCUCCCUGGCUGCGGCUCCUCAGUCCGCGGCGGCUGCUGCUGCCUGUGGCCCGGGCGGCUGGGAGAAGCGGAGUGUUGGUGAGUGACGCGGCGGAGGUGUAGUUUGACGCGGUGUGUUACGUGGGGGAGAGAAUAAAACUCCAGCGAGAUCCGGGCCGCGAACGAAAGCAGUGACGGAGGAGCUUGUACCACCGCCAAGAAAAUAAAGGUUCAGUGAUUGAGGAAAUGGUGCCAUACCCGGAGUCACAGACUACAGGCUGAGGUAUGGAUUUGUUCUCCAAUUAAGGGAGAAAGAGCUUGGUGACUAAAUGACCAUGGAAUCUGGAGCAGAGAACCAGCAGAGUGGAGAUGCAGCUGUAACAGAAGCUGAAAACCAGCAAAUGACAGUUCAAGCCCAGCCACAGAUUGCCACAUUAGCCCAGGUAUCUAUGCCAGCAGCUCAUGCAACAUCAUCUGCUCCCACCGUAACAUUAGUACAGCUGCCCAAUGGGCAGACAGUCCAAGUCCAUGGAGUUAUUCAGGCGGCCCAGCCAUCAGUUAUUCAGUCUCCACAAGUCCAGACAGUUCAGUCUUCCUGUAAGGACUUAAAAAGACUUUUCUCCGGAACUCAGAUUUCAACUAUUGCAGAAAGUGAAGAUUCACAGGAGUCAGUGGAUAGUGUAACUGAUUCCCAAAAACGAAGAGAGAUUCUUUCAAGGAGGCCUUCCUACAGGAAAAUUUUGAAUGACUUGUCUUCUGAUGCACCAGGAGUGCCAAGGAUUGAAGAAGAGAAGUCUGAAGAGGAGACGUCAGCGCCUGCCAUCACCACUGUCACGGUGCCAACUCCGAUUUACCAGACGAGCAGCGGCCAGUACAUUGCCAUUACCCAGGGAGGAGCAAUACAACUGGCUAACAAUGGUACCGAUGGGGUACAGGGCCUGCAAACAUUAACUAUGACCAAUGCAGCAGCCACUCAGCCGGGUACUACCAUUCUACAGUAUGCACAGACCACUGAUGGACAGCAGAUCUUAGUGCCCAGCAACCAAGUCGUCGUUCAAGCUGCCUCUGGAGAUGUACAAACAUACCAGAUCCGCACGGCACCCACAAGCACCAUUGCCCCCGGCGUGGUUAUGGCGUCCUCGCCAGCGCUCCCCACGCAGCCUGCUGAAGAAGCCGCGCGGAAGAGAGAGGUGCGCCUCAUGAAGAAUAGGGAAGCAGCACGAGAGUGUCGCAGAAAGAAGAAAGAAUAUGUGAAAUGUUUAGAAAACAGAGUGGCAGUACUUGAAAACCAAAACAAGACACUGAUUGAGGAGCUAAAAGCACUUAAGGACCUUUACUGCCACAAAUCAGAUUAGUUUGGGAUUUAAAUUUCACCGGUAUGGUGGAAAAAGAACUGACUUGGCCACAAGCAGAAAGACAAAAUAAACAUUUUAUUUUCUAAACAUGUCUUUUUUUCUAUGCGCAAAACUGCCUGAAAGCAACUACAGAAUUUCAUUCAUUUGUGCUUUUGCAUUAAACUGUGAAUGUUCCAACACCUGCCUCCACUUCUCCCUUCAAGAAGUUUUCAGCGCCAGGAAUCAUGAAGAGACUUCAACAUUUCAUCCCCCACCCUCCUCAAGAACUAAUAAUUGGUUUACUUGUAAAAUCAUGGGGGAAAUGAGGAAAGAAAAUCUUUUAAAAAAUAUUCCAAGGUUAGUGCUGAGCGCACUGAUUGCCUUAGGGACAGAAUCACCCCAGCCUCUUGCGCUGGAGUGAUGUGUGGGCCGCAUGCAUAAAGUAAGUAAGGUGCAAUGAAGAAGUGUGAUUGCCAAAUUGACAUGUUUUCACAUUUUCAUUGUGAAUUAUGUAAAAUCAUUAAAAGGCUUAUCCCCUAAAAAAAUUCUAGUAUGGUGUUGAAGAAAUUAAGAAUGAAUUUGGAGUGCUUUCUAUGUAUAUUCUCUUCAAUACUGAAAACUUGUCCUUGAUUCUUAAAAACAUUCUGUAUUAACUACAGCUCUUCCAUAGGGCAGUUGUUGCUUCUUAAUUCAGUUCUGUAUGUGUUCAAUGUUUUUGAAUACAUUAAAAGAAGUAACAAACUGAAUGAAAAAAGCAUGGUAUUUUAAGUUAAAAUGAAGUAAAUAUAAGUACAAAGCUUGUUUUAGUUAGUAUUAAAUUCUUAGUGAAAAGAUGCUCUUUACUCAAACCAGCCCUCUGAGUUAUAUGACAAGGUUUUUAAAUAAAUGUUUUUGUCAUCGCCUCCAAAAAUAUUUAUAUUGUCAAUCAUUUACUUUAAAAAAUUUCUAAUUAAACGGUUCCCAUUUGCACUUACAUUAUACCACCAACAGGAAAGCCUUCAAGAUUAAGUAAAGCAAAGUGAUAUGUAAUAUAUUUGUUUAUAAAAUGUUAUGUUGUAGAAAACUACUUAUUUUAAAUUUUUUCCAUAUUAACACAUUUUAACAGUAUCUCUAGUGAAUUUUUUAAUGGAGAAGUUGUAAGGUAUAGCUCUAAAAAGUACACUAUUACAUGUGGCGAGGAAAGUCAUUUUCUUCAGACAUAUUUGAAUGACUGCUGUACUACAAUAUUUCGAGUAUCAUUCUCGGAAGCAUUUGUUUUCCUCUAAAAAGGAUAAUUGUGCUUUAGGCUUCCAAUAUGCUAUAUAGUCUUCGUCAUUCUAUAAAGGAGAUACAUUUUUUAACUCCUAAUUAUAACAGCCUGUGUUUGUAUGUAUCAUACAUUGUUUUCAUUACUACUUGUUAUUAAUUAAUCAUUUUAUUCACUAAGCCUGAUAAAUCUAAAAGUUAUCAUUUAAGAGAAAAUAAGACUAGAAAAGACUAAGGUGGAUUUUAAAAAUUAGAGAUUGACAUAAUGUUAGAUAUAAUUUUUCACUUGAGAAGAUUAUUUCUUUUAGAAAAGAGUCUAGAAAAUUAAUGUUUUAUAUUUAGUCAUGGUUAUUUUUUAAAGUUGUUAAUGUGUUAAAAUAUGCAAGUGGAUGUUAAUUAUUGGGUCCAUUUUAAAAAGUAAGAUUUUAAAUUAAUAUUUGUAAAUGGUAUAUUUUUGUUUAUAACAAACCAUUGUCUUUUUUCAAGGAUAAACAGAGUUUAUGAAGGAGCGUCAUUCUAAGAAUUGAGUGGUGUAGUAUAUUUGGACAAUGCGUCAGGUUCUCAAGAAGGCUUUCAAACGACUGUAUCGUUUGAUGUUUAUCCUGCUGAGCUAACGGGGAAAGUUAUAGCAUAAAAGUUAUUUGUAUAGUAGCACACUUAUGUCAUUUUCCAAAACUGGUUUAACAGAAACUGAGCAAAAUCACAAAUUGAUUCACCAACUAGAAUUCUUUCAUAAUGAGUCGAAAUGUCAAAGUGAACAUUUUGAAUGUCAUAAAGCUUUAUAAAUGAAAAUUGCCUAGUAUUUAGUAAGUUGUAAACUAAAGUUAAAUGUUUUUUCAAAAGUUGGGACUUUCUAUCUGAUCAGAAAGUCGGUGGUCCUCUUAGUCCCUGAUAUAUCAAGACGCAAUCACUUCCGUAUUAGCUAGUUGAGUUUGUAAGUUACAAAGAUGGAGUCCUUCCUAUCUUGAGGAUGAUUGCACUGGCUUGGUCAGUUACUUAAUGGUGGGGUAAGAAAUGUAUUCUGUUGAUAAAUCUGUUUCAGAACCUUGGAGAGACUUGAAGAUUUCAGUUUAUACAGAUAGAAAUUAAGAAUCUUUUGUGCAGACUUUUUUUUUUAAACAACCAUUGGGGGAAAGGUGUUUUUAAGCAUGCAACUUUGAGAAUUUUUAUUAUGAAAAUGACAAUUAAAAAAUCUUGUAGCCAAGAACAUAUGUGGCCACAUUACCAGUAAUGUUUUUUUCUCUUCGUAUUGGCCAAAAGGGAAUGAAAAUGUCAUCAUAGGAAUCUGUACAUAGCUAUUGAUUUGGCUAGAAAAUAGUUUGGUAUCACUUUGCAAAUAUAGGGCCAUGUGGCACUUUUAUCUAUAGAACAGAUUAACUAAUGAAAAAUGAAGUGGGAGGGGUUUAUUUUUGAUAUUACUGUUAGUUUUCAAGCUUUGAUAGUGUUUAACUGAAAAGUGGUUUAGAAAGGGCUAGAUCCAAUGUGUUCACAUUGUUUAAAAAAAUUGCUAUCAGAUGUAACUUGACGUUCAUUCUUUUUCAAACUCAAGUACCAUGUUGGCAACCAUAAUACUGUCAUAGGUGCUGUUCAUUUAGAUAUUUUGGGGGGGUGGCAUUUGUAUAAUAUAUGUGUACAUAUAUAUAUAUACAUACAUACAGUAUAUAAUCUCUGAAGCUCUGAGAGCUUUUAAGUCAGGAAUGCUGAGUAUUAUAGUAUAUUGAGGUCAGAUGAAUUUUUACAUUUUUGCGUGUUCUAUUGCAUAUCUUUUUGUAGUUUCUUAGACUGCAUUACUCCAGCACUCAUGAUUGAUUUUUUUGUCCUCUAAUUUUCUUCCAAGUAUUUCUUUUCAUUUUUUUUGUUUGAUACUUUUAAAUAUGUUAUUAGUCACUUGAAAACUUUCCUCUACCCCCCAAAGUAUUUGGUUUAUAUGCUUUGUCUCUGGCAGCUAUAACAGUGGUAAGAACACUUUAAAGAUAGCUUCUAAAAGGUACCACUGCUGUUUCAAAAAAUCAUCCUAGGGGAGGAUCUGGGUGUUUUCAUUUGAGCAGGGAUUUUGUCAGAAAAUGUGUUUGUGUGGUAGGUCGGCAGCAGUGCUUGUACGGGAAAGCACAAUACCAGCCAGGCAGGUUGUCCAGCCAGAAGCCAUGUGGCUGAAGGUCAUCUCUGUCUCUCAGGCUGAAUCUCUAUCAUCAUUUCAACCAUUUGGGUGACAUGUGGAAUCGUACAAAGGCUUAGGGAGAAAAAGCAAGUUUGUUUAAAUCAGGAUGCAUUUGCUUACUUGAAGUGACUUCCAUUUAGAUUUCUUUUCACUUUUAAUAUGUUUUAAAUUCUAUGAUUAGCUACAGUCAGCAUAAAUUGGUCUUUAUUUUCAAGAUCAAAGAGGCUGCUUCAUUUUGCAGGAGUAAAUAAAGCUUAUGUCUUAAAGUUAAGAUUUUUUAAUUAAAGUGUGUUUUAGAAACAGUGAUUAUAUACCUUUUCAGUUAUUUUUCAAGAGGCUUUAUUUUAUUGUCUUUGUAGCCCUGAGAACUAUUGGUGUAUUGUGUCCCAUUGACUUAAUACAAAAGUUGUGUAUUUAUUUGGAUUAUAUUUACAUUAUAUUCUUUGUAAAUGUUUGGUGUAACUUGCACUUUUAAAAAUGACCCAGUUCGGGUAUUAGCAACUUGAGAAAUUCCCUCAUCAAUUCAUUGUCAACUUAGUCUUUCUCCUUUCUUUAAGUAACUGGACAUUUUUUAAUGUAAACUUUUCAAUGAAUCAGGAAAUUAGAUUUGACUAGCCCAAUUAAAUAGAAGAGGAGUCCAAAUCCUUAUUCUUUUUUCAUUAUGGAUAAAGAUAGGGAAAAAAGCAACUCAAGUAAAUAAAUAUUUACAAUUUUAAAUAGACUCUUAUCCUCGCCCCAACAAUAGUACUGUCUGCAGGAUGCCAAGAUAUCCAUGGAUUUGUCUAGAAUGGUAAAAGAUUUUUCAAGGCAGUUUAGUACUGCCAUAAUGGAGACUUGCAUGUAAUCACUUGACUGAAUUCAUUUCACCUAAAAUUGGCCUUGUUAACAUACGAGACACGCUGCUUAGUUCUGACUGACUGCAGAUGAGGAGGGAGAAAGUGCAGUGUGCUGCCUGUAGGUGGAGAGCGGUGGGGUACAUUUGCUCACUCGGUUGUACAAAGCACAACUAGAACCUGCGAGUGGCUUUCAUACAUCUUGAGUACUUUAAUGUUGAUACAUUGACUUUUUUUAAGUUGACUGCAUAGUCGCUGUAUGUUCUAGGAACUGGUUUCCUUGACUUUCUAGAAUCAAUGGCUAGGAGAGGCACUGAUCCCUGAGGGGUCGAACAUAUCGUGAAGCUGAGUCAGUAUGGAAGAAUUUCAAAUAAAUCAAACAGGGUGCUGAAGUUCCAUCUGUCUCGCAUGCUUAUGAUAAGUUCUUGCUGAUUAGUGAAUGUAGCUUAAGCCUUUGUACGUGUCCUCAGGGGGGCAGGCAAACUUUUAAGAGGGACCAGAUAAUAUUUGAAUGGAAGGAUUAUAUUUCAGGUGUUUUAGCUUGAAAUUUAUUUUUUAAAAAAAUAAAAUAGAAAAAAAAAAUAGAACAAAGCCUGCGAAGCAAAAUUGAUACCACAGAACAGGCAGAGUUGUUGAGCACAGGGAGAAAAUACCGACCCAUCUGCGUUCUGGUACUGUGGCUGCAGGUCCUAGCUUGGUGUAACGGGGUACGUUAAUUGUCACCAGCAAGAAAAAGGAAAACAGUCUUUAGGAAAUGUCUUUAGAGAAGGUCAAGCAGUAGGAAAUUCAAAUUGUACCUACUGUUACACAGGCAUUAUUUGUUACUUGCCUACAGAAGUAUAGCAUUUCUAAGCUUCUGUCUGAGAAGCAUCUCGGAGAUGUGAAAGUAAAUCUGAAAUAGUUGCAACAUUGGUAGGGAAGGAAAAAAUCCCUGCAGAUAACAAUCUUACGUUAAUUGGCCAAGUGAAAUGAUCUAGCAUUGUGUUUGGGAGGUUUUAUUUUCUUACGUUAUUAAAAUUGAAUUGGUAAAUGCUUUAUAGACGUAUUUUUAUCCAGACGCCACUCCAAUUUGUGUAUGUAAUAAGUAAUAAAAUUAUUUAUAUUAAAAGUGGGAAAUAAUUUGUCGACAUUUUUCUGUGAUUAGAUUUAUUGGGGGUGGUAGGGAGAGUGCUUGUUAGCAGUUUUCCGUGUCGAGUUGUCUCUGACUGAUCUGUCCACACGUCACUUGUCAUCCCCACCCCAAAAAGGAGUUAUUUCUGACCUAGGAGUAUCACUUGAAACUUUUUAGAAACAAUAAUCAGGGAAGUUUCUAGAGAAAGAGGUGUUUGCUUUUUUUUGUUUUCUCUUGAGGAUUGGGGUAACGAAUACCUCCCCCAAAAUUAUCAGCACAAAACAGGGUAUUGAUUUUUAACUCUGAUGUUGCUAUUAGAGUUGAAUACUAAAUAAAGAACUAUAAUAAGGAAUAUACAUUUCUAAUAAAAUUUCGUACAUUCUAGAAGCAUCCCUGUUUUAAUUUUUUUACCUAAAUCUUUUUGUGCUUCACCCGUGUAAAGAAAAAAAAAAUGUACUGAGUUCUAAAGCAUUUUAUUAACACUAUGUACAUACUAGCUGCUUUGUGUUCAGAAUGGUAGCAUUGCUUUGUAUAUUAAAGUGAUCCUUGUGAAUUUGUGAAAUAUUGUCAUAAAGUGCUUUUUCUUACUGUAAUCUUUGUGGUAAAAACUGUCAUAAUGCCCUUUUACACACAUUUACGUGCAGUCACAUAAACAUGCUUUUAAAGACUGUUGUCUCAUUUUUGGGGGUGGGAUCUCUGUAUUUUGCUUUUCGCUGGUAACAUUAAGCUAUAUUUUCUUGGACUUAACAUUUAUUAAAUGAGCAAAGUUACGUUAGAAUAUAUCACAGGCUUGUGUUGCACAUCAACAGAAAACUAAUUCAAGCAGCAAGAACACAUCUUCAGUUAAUUUUAUUGUCUUCCUAAUUUUUAGUGCAAGAUUUCCUUGUUCAGGGAGAUUGAACAGUGCCUUCUUGAAGACUUGGAGAUGUUACCACCCUGUUGAAAACCUGACCAGCUAUCUCCAAUGUGCAUGUUUGCAUUGGAAGAACAAUAAGAAUAGAUACCUUCUCAGGUUCCCUUAAAAUGCUGAAGUUUUGUGAUCAUAUAAAAGAAGGGAAUGUGGUUAUAAUCUCUUUGCUUGAAACAAAAGA